AUGUCCGCCAUCCCCUCCUAUCGGCUUUCUACCUCCCCUGGCAAAGGGCUUGGGCUGUUCGCAGCCCGUCCCAUCGCUGUCGGCGAACUCAUCAUAUCCGAACGCCCACUCUUUCUGGCCAGGGACGAGUGGGAAAUCUACGAGGAGCUUGCUGAGCUCAGCAUGAGAGACGAGGAGACCUUCUUUGCCCUCACGGACAGUCACAACCCCGAGCACCCCACCGCCGCGACCAUCAUGCUCACAAACGGUAUUCCGACCGAUCCCCAGAUCAAUCAAGGCGGGAUAUUCCCAAUCAUCUGCCGCAUCAAUCACUCCUGUCUACCCAAUUCCCACUAUACCUGGUCCCCCUCGGCGAGGCGGAUGUCUGUUUACGCCGAUGCGGACAUUCCCGAGGGCGCGGAAAUCGUCGUCUCUUACAUCCGCCCUCUACUCGCUCGGUCGGAUCGUCAAGCGCAGCUCUGGGAGAGCUUCAACUUCGCAUGCGGCUGCUCCGCAUGUACGGGGCCACCCGAUCCUGUCAGCGAUAGCAGACGGGAGCGGAUCUACGAGCUGUACAGCCUCGUCGGCAUGGCGAUGCAAUACGAGAUGCACGUCGCCGGGAUGCAGUAUACCAAGGAGAGGUUGAGGUUGAUGGACGAGGAGGGAAUGGGUCAUUUGAGCACCAGGUCAAAUUGCCACGGCGCGGGAUACGUCAUGGCGCAGGAGGCAUCCGAUCUGGACACUGCGCGCCGACACUUUGCCCAAUCGUACGCCUAUGCCUUACUCGGCGAGGGUCCUGACAGCGAGGAAACGACAGGGCGUCUGCGGCGAUACCUAUCGUGGCGAUUGAAUGUGGAGCGGAAAAUCGGGCGCGUCGACACCUUGCCGGUCAUUUGCGACAGGUGCGGCAGGGAAGGACAUCGUUCGCUAGGCGAGACGGGCGGAAGGGGAAAGGAUGGCGGAAAUCGAAAAGGGUCGGAGGCGGCGGUGGCGGUAGGAGGCGGGUUUGUGGAACACAUCUGCGAAUGCGGCUCCGCAGUCUACUGCUCCAACGCAUGCCGGACGAAUCAUGCUUCUACGCACCAGGCGGUCUGCGAGGUGUUGCGGGAGACGGGGAUGAUUGCGUUGAUGAUGGAGGGGAGAUGGGAGGUGCACGGGUAG